AUGAGUGCAGGCGCAGAGGCUUCGCUGCUGCAGCGUGGCCUGCAGUUCCUGGAAGAGAAUGACGAGAAGAGGUCAGGUGCGUUGCUUGUAUGGCUGCUCCUCGUGCUAGUACGCUGGAUAGUGGGUCUCCACUCAUACUCAGGCGAGCACACGCCGCCCAUGUUUGGCGACUACGAGGCGCAACGACACUGGAUGGAGAUCACUAUCAACCUGCCAGUUUCGGAUUGGUACUUCAACACCACGUCCAACGAUCUAUUGUAUUGGGGAUUGGAUUACCCGCCGCUGACUGCCUACGUCUCGUACCUCUUCGGACGAGCGGCUCACAUCACGGAGCCCGCCAUGGUGGAGCUUACUAGCUCGAGGGGUUACGAGUCGGCUACCAGCAAGGUGUUCAUGCGUACAUCUGUGCUCCUGUGCGACGUCGCUCUCUUCAUCCCGGCUAUCUAUGCUAUGUCACGAGCUAUCUAUGGCAAUGAGCAGUGGUCGCGACGAAUGGCGUUCAUGCUGCUGGUUUUGCUGCAACCGGCGAUUUUGCUCAUUGACCAUGGUCACUUCCAGUACAACAAUGUUUGUCUAGGCUUUACGGCGUUGGGCGUGGCACUGAUCCUCCAGGGGCACGAAUUCCUUGGAAGUAUAUGCUACUGUCUCGCGCUAAACUUCAAGCAAAUGGCGCUAUACUAUGCUCCUGCAUUUGGAGUAUUUCUUCUUGCGCGUUGUCUUUAUCGGAAAAAGUGCAUUCUUCAUCUCCUGAAACUAGCAGUCGCUGUCAUCGCGACCUUCGUGUUGAUGUGGUUCCCACUCUGCGUGUAUUCAUCACCAAAAGAGACUUGUGUGUCCACGGUGGCACAAGUUGUUCAUCGUAUCUUCCCUUUUGGCCGAGGGCUCUUCGAGGAUAAGGUCGCGAACUUCUGGUGUAUUGCCGACUUUGUUCUCAAGAUCCGGAGGCAUGUGACUCCCGCACUGCAAAUGCGUUUGUGCACUGUGAUGACCUUUAUUGGAUUUUCUCCGUCGAUCAUUGACCUGUUGCGACGAAAGCCUACAAAUCUGCGGUUUGUGCUAUCGCUCGCAAUCUGCUCGCUGUCAUUUUUCUUGUUUUCUUUUCAAGUUCACGAGAAGACAAUUCUGUUACCGCUGCUGCCGAUUUCAUUUCUCUUUGCGCACAACGCGCUUCUAUCCGGAUGGUUCAGCGUGCUCUCAACAUUCAGCAUGUAUUUCCUACUGAAAAAAGAUGGUCUGAUUCUUCCGUACAUCGUGUUGCAACUCGCCUAUAUGGGUGUAGCGGUGGCUCCGUUCCUUACGUCGGGAACUUCGAGGUACCUACACGUGCAGCAACACGAACUUGCACCUGGCUACAAGCAGGAUGGUAGCGCUCAUCCGCUCGUACGAGCGUAUGUCAUGAUAUCAAUGGUAGGAAUUGUUGUUAUCCAUGCUGCACAAGUCUGGGUUACUCCACCUGCGAGAUAUCCGCACAUCCACGACUACGUUUUUGCAGCGUAUUCCUGUGGUCAUUUCCUGCUGGUGCUUGCGUAUUUGACGUACUGGCAGUGGGCAGCAGAGACGCAAAGCGAGAAGACAAAGAAAGAGUAA